CUGAUGCCCCGCCUCCCUCCCCUUCCUUCGUCUCUCCAGAGCCUCGGAGAGUUGGAACUACCUUGAGUUGUUGGCAUAUGCGUUGGGAUCUCCGCUGUCCACGGAGCACAUAUGGCAACAGAUGUCUUUAACUCCAAAAGUUUGGCCAUUCAGGCCCAAAAGAAAAUUCUGUGCAAAAUGGCUUCCAAAUCAAUAGCAAUUGUUUUGAUAGAUGACACCAGUAGUGAUGUGUUGGAUGAACUCUACCGAGUGACAAAGGAAUACAUACAAAACAAGAAGGAAGCUGAGAAGAUAAUUAAAAAUCUCAUUAAGACUGUUAUCAAAUUAGCAGUCCUCCACCGGAAUAAUCAGUUUAAUCAGGAAGAGACUGUACUCAUGGAGAAGUUCAAAAAGAAGGUUCACCAGUUGGCUAAAACUGUGGUGAGCUUCUAUCAAGUGGAUUAUACCUUUGACAGGAAUUUUUUAUCAAAAUUGUUAAAUGAUUGUAGAGAUCUACUUCAUCAAAUAAUUCAUCGUCAUCUGACUGCAAAAUCUCAUGGACGUGUCAACCAUGUGUUUGAUCAUUUCUCAGACUGUGAAUUUUUGGCUGCCUUAUACAAUCCAUUUGGAUCUUACAAGACUCACCUCCAGAGGCUUUGUGAUGGCGUCAACAAAAUGCUAGAUGAAGACAAUAUUUAGUUAUAUCAUUAUCAGUUGCUUAUAUAAUCAAAGGCUAAAUAUUGUUGAUGUCUUAAGGAGCCAAUGAAAGAAUGAAGACAUGCUAGACAAAGAAGAAUUUAAUGUCAACUGAAAAUUCUUCAACAGAUUAUUUAUUUGGAAUUACAUUUUUGCUGUUUCAAUUUUUUUUGAGAAUACUAUGCUUUAAAAUAUGGAUUUAUAAAGCCAUAAAACAGGACUACUCAAAAUAAAUAGGACUUCAUAAAAUAGCAGGGAUAAUAAAAUGUCCUAUUCUAAAAAUAUUUGCAGAUUGUGUCUAUGCAUACUUACAGAGAGCUGUGUGCUACCUAUGUUGAAUGAAGUUUAGACUGAACAGAUUUAACAAAACCUUUUAAAAUUCAUUUAAAACUGUCUGCACUCUGCAUAAAUGUUUAAGUUACAUUGUUAUAAUUAUACUAUUGAAACAAUGUCAUGGCUCUUUGAGGUCUAGAGCUUCAUUUUUUAAAAUGUUCAGGGCUUCCACUAGAAAAUAAUUUAAGAGGUGUGAAUUUCUUUUUCCAUCACUGUUCUAUCCCAUAUUAUAAUAGAGUCUUUAAGUUGCUGUCCUCUAGCUAUUCUUGCAAUAAGAAAGGACAGCAUUUCACAUAAUGUGCUUCUGAAAAACCCUGAACUAAACCUAUAUACUUCCAGGGCAAUAAGACUGGGCUUCGUGAACCUUUCUUUAAUCAGCUUUAUGAUUUAUGAUUUUAGCUUUAUGAUUUGAUUUCUUCAUCUGUUCUGGAAUUAUUUUGUAUUAUUUAUCAAUGUGUAUGUAUUUGACAAUCACUGAAAAUUUACAGACAUCCUCUACAUCCUAAACAUGCUUAAUAGGACUAUGUCAUAUAUAGUUAAAAUAUAAUUGCGUCCGGUUAUAUUUUGUAGAAAAAUGUCCUUUCAGAUGUAAUUGUUCAAGAAAAGAUGAAACUGGAAUAGGUGUGUCAUCUACAUGUACAUGUAAUCCUUAACUUGCAACCUCAGUUGGAAUCACAAUUUCCAUCCAAAGCAUGGCAGUUGUUGAGUGAGUCAUACCCAGUUUUGUGAAGUUUUUUGCCACAGUUGUUAAGCAAAUCUGGCUUCCUGCAGUGAUUUGAUUUUUUUUUGAUGCUGGCUGGGAAAGUCACAAAUGAUAAUCACAUCACCCAGGACACUGCAACUAUUGUAAAUACAUGCUGGUUGUCAAGGACUCAAAUUUAAAUCACCUGACCAUAGGGAUGCUGUGAUGAUUGUUAAGUGUGAGGACCUGUUGUAAGCCACUUUUUUUCUAUUCUAUUGUAAUUCCCAACAAUUGCUAAACAAUGAAUUCUAAAUUAAGGAUUACCUGUAUGUACAUUUUUAGGGCAAGUUUAUCGAAUGUAGUGAUUCUUAGAAAAGAUAUGGGUAGUAAUCUGGAUGUAGAAACUACAAGUCUGUGAACCAAAUUUGUAAUAUUUGUGUAAUUUUGUUUUAUUCAGAAACCAAUGUAUAUAUCAUGUAGGUUGAAUAUAUAGCAAAUAUUGGAAAAUAUAUUGCAGCAGCUUGAAUAAUUUUGUUUAAUCUUUG